AUGCACGGAGGUGGUGUCUUUUGUAAGCAUUGCCUUCUUUUCGCAAGAGAAUCUUCUGAUCAGGGUGGACCCCGAGCUCUCGGACUCCUGAUCUCUCGACCUCUAUCGAAGUUCAAAAAAGCUCUCGAGGUUUUCAAUGCUCACGGUGAAAGUCGCUACCAUCUCGAAGCAAGCGAUGCUGCAGAACUAUUCCUUGAGUGGUCUAAGGACAAAACUUCACGGGACGUUAAAAAUCGAUUGUCGGCUGCGCGCUCGCAGCGAGUACUCCGGAAUAGGAAGCGACCAAUACCCAUAAUCAAAACCGUCAUCUUGUGUGGUAGGCAGAACAUUCCGCUCAGAGGUCAUCAAGACCAAGGGAAGCUCGGAGAUACCGCUGAAGACGCAAAUGACGGACACUUCCGCGCCUUGCUCCGAUACCGUCUCGAUACCGGAGACAAGCUCCUAGAGGAACAUCUCAUAAAUGCGGGAUUCCAGGAUGAUCGCAGUGUGAUCAGAGAGGUUUUCUUGAAAUUUUGUGAUGUCGUCGAGAAAACGGGCGCGGGGCUCGCCCGGACGAUCCUGGACAACCUCAGAGAGGAGGGCUUAGAUGUGAGAAACCUGAGGGGACAAGGUUAUGACGGCUGCAGUUCGAUGAGCGGUCAAUAUAAGGGCGUUCAAGCCCAAAUCAAAGCUGAGGUGCCCAAAGCGUUGUACUUUCACUGCGCUAGUCAUUGUUUGAAUCUUGCGCUGGUGCACUCCAGUGAGAUUGUCUCGAUCCGGCUUGCAGCUGGCGUCGUUGGGAGCACUUGUAAUUUCUUCACGAGCUCCUCCGCGCGUAUAAGACUCUUGGAAGACAAGGUGGAAACUGAGGUACCCACGUCCAGGAGCCGUCGCCUCAAAACUCUAUGCGCCACCAGAUGGGUUGAAAGCCACCAUGCUUUCAUAAAAUUCAGAGAACUCCUGAUCCCCAUCGUUCACAGUCUCCGAGAACUGAGUCAAGAACGAGGUGAUACUGGAGUGCGCGCAUAUCAGCUGGUAAACUCGAUUUGCAGAUGCGACUUCCUCGUUUCUUUGUUCAUCAUUGAGAGCUUUUCCUCGCUCUUCUUGCCUCUCUCCAUCAACCUCCAAGCUAGAGAGCUCGACAUCUCUGCUGCCUUAGCAAUGCUUGAUAGCGUUCAGUCUGUAUUGAAACAGAGACGCGAGAACGCUGACACGGUAUUCAGCGCUCUCUUCGAUGAAGCAGAAGAAAUCUGUCUCAGUCUCGAGGUAGAUGUCAGAUCGCCUCGCAUUUGUUCGCGACAAAUAGCCAGAGAGAAUCAUCCUGCCGAGACUGCAGAAGAUUACUUCCGCGUUUCGUCGUAUCUUCAAUACCUUGAUGGUCUCAUCGAAGAAUUGCAAUCGCUCUUCGCCGAUCUUAGGCAGAGCGCGCUUGAGGUGCAAUGUUUGGUACCGAAAUUCACAGUUAAGAGCUCCUUCGAAGACUUAAUCGAUACAACUGGAUUCUAUGAAGACGACUUGGAAUGCAGUCCGAGCAUCGUGAGAGGAGAAUUCGAGCGUUGGCAAGCCAAGUGGGUCGCCGUCCCUCAGAACGAACUUCCGGGAACCGCCAUCGAAACCUUGAACAAGUGCUCUCCGAGUGAUUAUCCCAAGAUCGCCCUUAUGUUGCAAAUAUUCGCAACUUUCCCGGUCACGACCGCCUCCGCGGAGCGUACAUUCAGCGCCUUAAGGCUUGUGAAGACGUAUCUACGAUCUAAGAUGGGAGGAGAUCGAUUGAAGGGGCUCGCUUCGAUGAACAUUCAGCGUGACGUUCUUUUUACCACGGAGGAAAUGCUCGAUGUCAUUGCCUUGGACCCCAGGAAAAUUGAACUGGUCUUGUAA